GGAGCCGGCACCGCCGGGCGGCCGCCGUGGAGAGGUUCACAGCGCCGGGCCGGGCCGGGCCGGGCCGCGGCGGCAGCAUGUGGGGCGCCCGGGCGGCGGCGGUGCUGCCGUGGUGCCGGGCGCUGCGCAGCUCCGCCGCCCUGGGCGGUACCAGGCACCUGCUGAAGAAAAUGCUCCGCAAAAACAAAAAGAAGUUUUGGUAUGACAGCCCUAGCCUGGGAUCUAAGAUGAUAUAUAAACCAAACAAGAUGGCCUCUGUACUGAAAGAUGACCAGACAAAAACUAGGAAGGAAGAUAACAUACGCUGCAGAGUCUUGAACGGUCUUAUCCAUAAAGCUGUGGCAGAGAUGAUGAGUACCUGUGAAGUUAAUCAAGAACUUUAUGAUCUCAAGCUGGAAAUUUGCAAGGUGUCCUUGGCAUCAAACUUUUCAGCGUGUCGUAUAUACUGGAAUCCUGCUGCUACUAUGGAGGAAGAAAGUUAUGUUGAAAGCGUACUGCAGAAGAGUGCUCCACGUAUACGGUAUCUCCUGACGAGCCAGCAGAUUCUAGGAAAUGUACCCCCAAUAGUAUUUGUAAAAGACAAACAAGCUGCAGCCAUAAAAGAGAUUGAGGAAUUACUGUCAAUUGCUGAUUUUGGACCUCCAGAAGAAGUAGAAACAUUAUCUCGGAAUGAUUCCAGUGAACUUUUCUCUUCAGCAACUCAAUCUUCAGAUUCACCCAUGCGGUCUAAUCUCUUUGGCAUUGAUCAUGAGCUGCUGAAUAAGCAGAUAAUGGACUACAAAAGACUGAAAGUCUCAAGAGAUACACAAAGCAUUGCCUGGACAGAAGAGCAUGAGCAGCAGCUUUCUAAGAUUCAAAAGAAAAUGAAAAAGAAGAAAACAAAGAAUCCUCCUGAUGAUGACAUUACACCACAGAAAUACUUACUGGACAGACAUGAAGCUGAUUACUGGGAUGAUAACACUGAAUCAGUGUCAAACUAUGAGCUGGAGGAUGAGUUACAGGAAGAGGUAGACAAAUGGGAGGCAGAUGGUGUCAUAACUCUAAAUGAGUCUACUGAUAAACUGAAAUGACGUGAAAAAGCCACUCCCUUGAAAGUGGAGGCUGCCAAUAGCCAAAAAAAAAAGACAGUUUAGUUUUGUACAGCCUGUUUACCACUUCCUCUUUCAAACUAAUAGGUUUGCCAUGUGGGCAGAGGUUUGCUAGCACGAGGUGUGUAAGAAGAACAAAAACGCUACUUGUGACAUUCUGUUAAGCAGCUUUUAAGUUGCUGCAGAUGUAGGACUUUCAACCAGAGUGCAGUUUUGUAAUGGCAAAACAUACAUAGUGCACCACUGAGUUAAAACUUCUUGCAGUUCUGUUAUUUCCAAUAAAAUUGUGUUUUCUGUGUA